GUCACCAUCGAUCGCCCGCGCGCGCUCAACGCCCUCAACCGCGACGCCGUGGAGCGUUUGCACGAAUUGUUCCAGCGCGCCGAGCGCGACGACGCCGCGGCGUGCUACCUCCUGCGAGGCCACGGCUCGCGCGCGUUCUGCGCCGGCGGCGACGUUCGCGCCGUUCGCGAAAUGGUGGUUCGCGGCGACGUCGACGGCGCGAUCGCGUUCUUCGAUCGGGAGUUCGCGCUGAACGCGGCGCUGCACGCGCUGCGCAAGCCGAGCGCGUGCGUGUGGAACGGCGUCGUCAUGGGCGGCGGCGCGGGGUUGAGUUGUUAUUGUCCCGUGCGCGUCGCGACGGAUGCGACGGUGUUUGCGAUGCCGGAGUGCGCGAUCGGGCUGUACCCGGACGUGGGCGCGGGAUGGUUUUUGAACGCGCUGUGCGGGCACGCGUACGCGACGUGCCUGAGCCUCACGGGGGCGCGCGUUCGAGGGAUCGAUUGCAAGCGCAUCGGACUCGCCACGCAUUACGUCACGAUGGAGGUUUGGGAUCGAGAGACGGAGAAACGCGUGAACGCGCUCGAGCGCGGGGCGAGCGUGGAGGAUUUAGCGCGCGCGGCGGCGAGCGGCGAGCGGGACGAACCGGCGGCGACGUCGUACUUGACCAGCGAACGCGGGCGCGCGAUGAUCGACGAGGUGUUCGGGAACGACGCCAUGUCGCUGGAUGAUAUCACGCGCGAGAUCGCGCGAAAAGAAGACGCGGCGGAGAGCGAGGCGGAGCGAGCGUUUUUCGCGGAGUGCCGAGAGAGCGUCGCCAAGGCGUCGCCGACGAGCCUGGGCGUGUCCUUAGAGCUCAUGCGGCGAUCGCGAGGGAAAUCGCUGGAGUGGGUUUUAGCGAUGGACAACGCUCUCAUCGUCAAGUUCAUCCACGCCCCGGAUUUCCGACGCGGCGUCGAGGCGGUGUUGAUCGACAAAGUCGGCGCGCCGCCGCCCGGAGGAUGGAUGCCCGCC